AUGGGUGUUGUAGGCACAUGUGAAACUAAGAGGUCAGAGCUUAUUGCCUUUCACCGGAAUCUAGUGGCUACCGCCGGUAUCCACCGGAGAAAAGACGAUGAAGGGUUGAGAAAAAACAAACAUUUUUCUUCUUUAGAUGAAGAUGAUGAAGAAAAAAGAACAACCUUAGUUUGUGUUACAAGUGGUGUUUCUUAUUUGGGUCUUGCUUUAGUCAACCAUCUUUUAGUCUUAGGUUAUUCUGUUAGAAUAACUAUUGACAACCCAGAUGAGAUAGAGAAAUUGAGGGAAAUGGAGAGAUAUGAAGAAAGUAACUUGGAGAUAAUAAUGGCAAAGUUAAGUGAUGUUGAUAGUUUGGUGAAAGCAUUUGAAGGAUGUUGUGGCGUUUUUCAUACCUCUGCAUUUACUGACCCCGCUGGUCUCUCUGGAUACACUAAAUCCAUGGCUGAGAUUGAAGUGAAUGCAGCAGAAAAUGUGAUGGAAGCAUGUGCAAGAACACCUUCAAUUAAAAGAUGUGUAUUCACAUCAUCACUAGCUGCUUGUAUUUGGCAAGAAAAUGUAAAUUCAAAACUUACUCAUGUUAUCAAUCAUGACUCUUGGAGCAAUGAGUCACUCUGCAUAAACAAAAAGCUAUGGUAUGCAUUAGGCAAGAUGAGGGCAGAAAAGGCAGCUUGGAGAAUAGCCAAAGAAAAAGGUUUAAAACUCACUACCAUUUGUCCAGCACUUAUCACAGGACCUGAAUUUUGUCCUAGGAAUCCAACAUCAACAAUUGCUUAUCUCAAAGGAUCACAAGAAAUGUAUUCAAAUGGUUUACUAGCAACAAUUGAUGUAAAAAAAGUAGCUGAAGCUCAUGAGUGUGUGUUCAAGGAAAUGAAUGGAAAUGCUUAUGGGAGAUACAUUUGUUUUGAUAAUGUAAUUAAUGUUCAAAGUGAAGGAGAGAAGCUAGCAAAGGAGAUUAGAAUGCCUAAAGAAAAGAUAUGUGGAGAUGCAUCAAAUAGUUCUUUGCAAAGAUUUGAGUUAUCAAAUAAGAAGUUAUGGAGACUCAUGUCUAGGCCACUAAGGUGUUUUAGUGAAUAUUAG